AUGGAGACCACCACGAGACAAAAUUUACAAUCUAAUUACGAUAACAGACAACGAUGGACAACAAGAGGCCAUGACUUUCAAAGUAAUAAUUAUCAAGGAAAUAAUUACAACCCUAGAUAUCAGAACUAUAAUGCUAGUUAUUACAACAACGUCAGGGCAAACUACCCAGGAUCGUACAAUAAUUUUUCAAGAUUUGAUAAUAGAACUAGUAAUAAUAACAAUAACUAUAAUAACCAUAGAUUUAACAAUGAUUAUAAUUACAGAUAUAACAAACAUGAUAACGAUUCAAGAUUUAUUCAAAGACAUAACAAUAAUCAUAUUAUUGGAAAUCAAGGAAGAAAUCAAGUAUGCAAUUGUAGAUAUCGUAACAAUGAUAAUAAUCAAUCAUGA